AUGUAUACCUAUGCCUUCCAGCAGUUUGUGUGGAUGAUAAAAAGCGCCGUGCAGCUUCUGGUUGCCUUGAGCACCGGCGUCACCUGGGUCUUGCAAAUGAUUCGUCUAUUUGUGUAUGGAUCUGUUAUGCUUUUGUUUUAUCUCCCUCACUGGUGGUGGUACCUUUCCUCGGCGAAUAUUAUACACCGUGUGGCCUACCGCAGCUCGUUGGCAACGAAAUGCCGCAACUUUGGCCGUGUGCUGGAGGCCGAGGGCGUGAGUCUCGAGGAGCUCCUGCGAAAGUCAACCUCCCAGCGGUUGCACUCGCGCUCGCAGCCGAAGAUACGCCUCCCUCAGCCGAGGCUCCCUGCACCCGGCCACGAUGCCGACCCCGCGAGCAUCGGAGAAAUCAGCCAAACUGCGAGCGUCGCGACAGGUGAGACGUCAGGUGGGGUGAAAUCCCCCCCGGCGAGUUAUCGACGGAACAACAAGGCCGUUUUACUCGCCCUCAAGCGGCUGUUGCACUCCUCGCGGUAUAAUGUGAACCCGGCGGACGGAUCGGCCCUGCGAAGCCUCCCACUCCCCUCGCGCCCUCACGGCGGUGGCGUGAACGGCGAUCGAUCCCCUUUAAGGGGCUUCCUGAAGCGCCCUCCACGCCCGCUGAGGCGACGCUCCGACCGUCCUCUUUCUCGCCGGGAAGAGGAGCCGUUAUCCCCCGCGCAAGGCGAUGGCGACGAUCACGAAUCGCGCGGCGUGAAGACCAAAGGAUCGCGCACUCCUCGAAGGGAGCUUCCGACGCGCCGCCCCCUCGCGGCGGAUGAGGAGGACCUCAAAAAUCUACACAACCGCGCGACACUCGAUAUCGUGCUGCCGAUCCCGCUCGACGCGCUGAUGCGGUCGAUGGAGAUCACCCGUCCGGGCGGGACGGGCGGGAUCCGGUGGAAGAAAUUCCCCAUCGCGAUUUUAAUCACCGGCGGGGCGUGGAUUAUUGGCAGCCAGAUGUGGGGCACGAUGCUCGCGCGGGUGCUCGCCGCGCGUGGUUACAUCGUCUUCUGCCCCGACUACCGCAACUUCCCGCAGACGACGAUGGAGGGGAUGACGCUGGACGUCUCGGACGCGAUCGCGUGGGUCCUGAACAACGCCGCGCGCUACAACGGCGACCUCGACAACGUCACGAUGAUCGGGCACUCCGCGGGGGCGCACCUCGCGAUGAUGUCGCUCAUCUCCCAGGCCCACCUCUGCGCGUACGCGGCGACGGGGAAUCGGGAGGGGCUGCCGCCGCCCUCCGGCGUCACCUACAACGUCCCUCGCUACAACCCCCGCCAGUCCAUCCACCGCUUUAUCGGCCUCAGCGGGCUGUAUAACAUCGAGGCGAUGGGGCCGCAGUUGCAUCGGAAUGGGCUGAAUCACCACGUCCUGCACAGCAUCGUCGGCGGCCCAGAGCGCCUCCCACGGUACUCCAUCCACGCCUACUUCGACAGCCGACGCACCGGGGAGACCGGGGAGGUGCUGCCGAGCACCUUCUUCGCCUUUCUCCCGCGUCGGAUGGCGUUUUUGCACGGCGAUGCCGACAAGAGCGCCCCGCUUCGAGAGAGCGCGACGCUCGUGCACGUUCUUCGCGACGCCCAGCGGCGAUUUUCGGCGGAGCUGCAGCGCUGGCGGGCGGCCGCGUGGCGCCACGCCCAACGCUCCCGUCGACUCCUCCACCCGGGCGCCCUUUCCAGCGAUUCCGACGUGGUACCCCCCAAGGAGGAAAAGGAAAAGGGGGUGGGGGAGGAGGGUGUGAGCGCUGGGGGCUCCUCCCGUGAGCACCCCGACGACGACGAUGAACCCCCCCUUCUGCAGCCCCUGCCACCGCCGGUGGACCUCCGCUUUGUUGUCAUCCCGGACGCCCACCACGUCGAUCCGAUCCUUGACGAGUGUAUCUUAGCGCAGCGCAGUUGUUGCGCGAAUUUCCUCUGCGAUUACGAGGACGCCCCGGUGGAGGUCGAGGAGGCGGACGAGCCGGGAGCGAACCACCAACUGAUCGGCGCCGAGCCGGACGCCAUCUUACCGCUUGUCGUGCCGGUAGAGGAACGUCCGUUUUUGAUGCGUCUGUGCUCGAUCAUAUGCCCAUUCUAG